AUGUCUGAUCAUGUAGCCCAUGCCCUUGCUGGUGUCGGAGGAGGUGUCAUUUCAAUGUCCUUGACAUACCCAUUGGUUACUAUAAGUUCACGACUACAAGUACAGAAAGACUCAAACAGUAAAAGAGCAUAUAAAAAUGGACGAGAUGCACUUCGCAAGAUUUACAAAGACGAAGGCGUCCAGGGAUUAUACUCCGGUCUUAAUUCAGCUGUUUUCGGCAUUGCGCUAACGAAUGGCAUAUAUUAUUACUUCUAUGAAUGGACUAAGGACAGAUUCAAGAAGCUUUCAAAAACCAACAGACCAAUUAGUAUAUUUGAAUCAAUGACUGCUAGCGCAAUAGCUGGUGCCUUUACUGUAAUCAUUACUAACCCUGUUUGGGUUGUCAAUACGAGAAUAACAACUCGCAAGGAGUCCCUUGAUGCUGAUCCCUCAACCUCAUCACCAGCCGCUAAAUCGAAACCACCUGGAACCAUUGAAACCGUAUUGAGAAUUCUUCACAAUGACGGAAUCUCGGCCUUCUGGCAGGGGGUUAUUCCAGCUUUGAUUCUGGUUAUAAACCCCAUCAUUCAGUAUACCGUAUUUGAACAAUUGAAGACCCAUUGGAGGAAAUUUAAGAAAUUGGGAAAUUUCGACUUUUUUCUAUUAGGGGCUAUUAGCAAACUGGCUGCAACUGGGUUGACAUACCCUUAUAUGUAA